AUGUACUGGCACCAUGGCGGGGGUCAAGUCGUCUUCGCCAUCCACGUACGGCUUUAUGGCGUCACCACAGAUCGCAUAGAUCGUGCGAUGCCCUUGCCACCUGAAGUGACGCUCCACAUGCCAUUGUCUCUGUUAAAAGUCGUUUCCCUUCCGGUCCCAGUUAAUAGUACGACAGAUCAUGCAACUAAAUUGUUACACUUUCCACAGCUUUUUGCUAUUACAAGUAAUACACAGUUGCACCUUGUUAAUUUAGCAUUGCUACAACAUUUCUUUAAUGAUAGUGAAUUGCAUAAUAUUAAUAGUAAUUCGUUGAAAAUCCAUUGUCUGUGGAUGUGCCUCUGUUCCUAA